AACUCAUAGAAGUUCUGUCUUUUGCAGGUCAUGUCUGUCGCGAAGCAAAAGCUUUGUCAUCUCCUUUUGGACGAGGUCUUUGGUUCGCGUGUCGCUAAAGUCGGCCGUCAUCUGGCCAAAUGGGAGAAGUGCUUUUUAGCCGAUCUCUAUCAACUAGACCAACCUCACGAGUGCUUGGGGGUUCUCAUAAACCACGGACUGGUCACCUAUGGUCGCGAUCCUCGACCCACGCCCGGAGUUCAAUAUGAAAUCAGCUUGGACCAAGUGAUUCAAACGAUUCGAUACCCGCGGUAUUUAUACCUAAUCAAAGCCUUACAUGGAGAUAACGCUGAACUAAUUCUGGAGGAAGUUCUACGACGAGGCCAAGAGACUCUGCCCAAAAUUAUGGAAAAGUCUCUCAACCGGAUUGAAUUGGACGAAAACCUAGCCAAGACCCACAAGCAAGACCUUGAAAAGACCUUUCAAACAUUGGUUAAGGAACAUUUUCUCCAAAGAGCUCCACAUGUGGGCACAAAUCCAGAGGUUCCAGGCUCUACGGUGCCUAUUUUGGACGAGACCACCCGUUUCCACGUACCCGAGUCUAUUGAAAGUUGCUCAUCGAUUUAUUGGUGUCUCAAUGUGGAUCGCUUCCAUGUGGAAUUCCGGAAUAAAAUCCUCGUCAGUACGGUCACUAGGCGGAUCGAUGAGACGGCGGGAAAACUGAUGGAAUUCAUCCUUUCCUUGAGCGGAAAGAAAUUGGAAGCCUCAUCCAGACAUAUUUCGAUCACCGAGAUCUAUGCCAAUAUCAACAAGUGCAUCGAUCUCAAAUUGCGACAGUACAAGGAUCAUUAUCUCAAGGUUUUGGAGGAGGAUCGGACGCGUUUCAUCGAUCGCGUGGGAGACGAAGGCGGUGGCACUUACGUGGUCAAUUUCAAGCACAUCUUUACUGUACUCGGAUCAGCCGUGGUCGAGAACGUGGUCCAAGAGAAAUUCAACUCCAAGGCGUUGCGAAUAUUUAGGGUUGUGCGAGACAAGUUGUACGUGGAAGAAUCGCAAAUUCAGAAACUGGUCAUGAUUCCCGCGCGAGAGACUAAAUUGAUGACCUAUCAACUCCUCGAGAACAACUUCAUCCAAGUCCAAGAGCUUCGGAAAUCGCUCUCGGCCAAUGUGGUCGCCAAAUCAUUCUACUUGUUCCAUGUCGAUUUGAACCAAGUCGCUCGGAUGGUCCAAGAAAUGUGUUACAUGUCGCUCUCGAAUGCCAUUAUCCGGAAGAAUCAUGAGCUUCAAAUUAACGCUCGAUUAUUGGAGAAACAGGAUCGGAUCGAUUCAAUCACGAGUAACAUCAAUGCCUCGGAAGAAUUCGUCUCGGAAGAAGAGCGAACGCAGCAACUUGAAGAGGUUCAAGACAUGCUCUCCCCGGCUGAGCACGAUUUGGUCAAACAGAUCCGUCGUUGUGGCGACAAACUUCAUUCCAGUCUGGCCCAAGUCGACGAGACUCUCCUGGUGUUGGAACUCUUUCUCAAGCUCUAACCCGUCGGAGCGGUAGAUAGAUGAAUGAUCACUGGCAUAUUUUUGUUCCAAGUGCCUUCAUCCAUCUCCAAAAUCACUAAACUAGUUUGAAAUGAAA